AUGAUCUCUGACUUUGAUUUGUUGAAGGAUGUUUCUCAUCCCGUGCACCAACCUGGUACCACCUUUACAUUUGAUGAUGUUUGGUCCCCCCCGCCUGCUACUUGGAGCAAGUUAAAUGUGGAUGCUAGUUGGACAACGACUCAUCCUGAUGCUGAUCUUGGAGGGGUAAUUCGAAAUUCUGGUGGUGCUUUCAUGGGUGGUUUUGCUGCUUGUAAAAUUGCAAAUUCAGUUCUUGAAGCUGAAGCUCACGCAGCUCUUGCUGGUCUAUCACUUGUGGCUGAGAUCGGUCUAGCAAACGUUGUCAUUGAAUCAGACUCCCAAGUGCUUGUGAAUUGCGCAAGGGGGAAAAUUCGUAAAGGAAUUUGGUCCAUCUACCCCAUCCUCUCUGCCAUUAGAAGAUGCUGCAACAAUUUUAUCUCUUGUGAUUGGCGAUGGACUUCUCGCCGGGCCAAUAGGGCCGCUGACGCUGUUGCAGCUAUUGCAAGGAGGACGAAGUGCGAUAAGGUUUGGCUUGACAGACCCCCUUCUUCCCUUGUGUUUGUUCUUCAAUCGAAUGGUCUGCCUUGCCCUCCAUGUUAA